AUGGCUCAGCCGACCAGUGGCCUCUAUUCUACUUUUGGCUUCUUCAUCUGCCUCCUCCUCCUUCCGGCUUCUUGGGAGGCAGGUGCUAACACAUUUCAAGAACUCCAAAAAGCUGGUGAACCUUCAACAUCCAAUUACCAACGCCCUCUUACUCCGGGUCUUACUCACAGAGCCCCUUCUGACCACAAAACCUCAGGGCAACAUCCUCCAGACCUUCCUGAGGCUACAGCAAUCCAGAAGCCCCCAAAUCGGUGCAACACCACUCGCCUUGUCAAACCAGUGCACAAACCUACAGACAACACCAAAGCCGCAGACUACGGAAACACCGCUGCUCAUCAUGAAAUGCCUCCAGCUUCGGAGAAGAACCUCAGCAGCCCAGCGAAACACCCAAUGGCCAGGAAUGAACGCUCGGCUGACAACCCCAAAUCCACUAACUCAGAGAGAAAGUCAGAUGGAAGAAGUUUGACUUCAGCACCCAGGAGAAGCACAACCUGUAUAUCUUCAACAAGGCGGACCAGAGUGACGAGGAGGACAUCAGGUACACUGGUGACGAGGACAUCAGGUACACCAGUGAGUCCCACGGAGACCAGCACCAGGUUAAGGACCACCUCACAGAAACCCACAACUUCCCAUGACUCAGAGCUCAAUAUUAAAGGUUCUUCCCCAGUGAAGCCCACAGAAGCCCCAAAGACCUCAUACAUGACUCCAAAGACCCCAACAACAUCAGGAGCUGAACAUCACACAGUUCCAUUUACCUCAGACAAAUCUGUCCAGAUAACUACAGAACACAUCAAAGAGGCCACAUCAGCGAGGGAGAAGACCACAAGAACCCAAUCAACAUCCACUGAGCUUGAAGGAAAGACUGAGUCAGCGAGUGAGAGUACCUCGCAAGCCCGGGUGCUUCCUGUAGAACAUCAUACCACAUCGGCCAGUGAAAAUAUGACACAGGUCGCAGCAAAGUCCACAAAACGUCCAGAAGAGGCCACAUCGUCCACUGAGAGAGCCACAAAAGCCCCAGAGAGUCCCACAGUAUUCCAGAGGAAAACCACAGUAGCCAAUAAGACCGUAAAAGCCACAGGAACCCCAGAGAAGACAUCAGUAAUCUUGGAGACCACACGGCCGGUCAAGACCUCAGAAGACACGUCUACUGCUCCCUCUCCUCGUUUCCCUAAAACCGAGACCACGCACCAAGGGACCGUUGGCUCUGUGACAUCCAGAAUGAACCCAGGAGCCAUCACUUCAGAGACUCACCACUCCCAGCAGAGCACCCACAGCCCGGCUGGAGGCCUCCACGCUGCAGGAGAGAGAGGGGAGAAUAAUUCGUUCCCUGCGUGGGCUAUAGUGAUUGUGAUCCUCAUGGCUGUGAUUAUUCUGCUGAUUGUCCUUGGCCUGAUCCUUGUGGUCUCUUGCGCAUCGAGAGCACGCCAUGUACUGACCCAGAACUCAGAGGAGGAUGACGAGCCCGAGGACAAAGGGGGCCGUAAUUCCUACCCAGUCUACCUGAUGGAGCAGCAGAAUCUGAAACCAAACCAGAUACCUUCCCCACCAUGA